CCUCCUCUUAUAUAUAUAUAUAUAUAUAUAUGACAAUAACAUGAGAAAGAAAAGUGGAGAAAUCAGCAAAAAUGUCAAAGAGCUCCAUGUGAAAACACUAAAAAAGCACUCUCUCUCUCUCUCUCUCUCUCUCUCGGCCUAUAAAUACCCUCUGCCAAGUUUUCAAAACCCAAACUCCAUUGACGUUUGUAACACAAUUUGCAUUCGAAAAUAAUGAGAGCGUCACAAACACAUCUCUGAGAACCAAGAAUUUAAUUCUCUUACUUGAUCAUCAUCCUCCUUGCUCGUUUCUUCUGCAACUCACCUGUCUCAAGAUCCAUCAUUUUUUUCUUCUUCUUCUUUGGUCAUUUCUUCUGGAUAACAUAAAACGUUACCAAGCUUCACCACCAACUUUUCCGUCCCUUCUUCUCAUUUUCUUGAUCUCCAAGAAACUCGGACAGUUUUUGUUUCUUACAGAACUUUCUCAUACCAGUCUUUUCGGUUGUUCAUAAUCCAAGAAAACAGCCGGAUGGAAGAAACCACUGAUCUCAUUCAGCUCGACUUUUACCCAAACAUUGCGGAUAUCGGAUAUUCUCUCUCUCAGAUCAUAUUAACGGGAGGAGCCAACACACUCGACUCGAUCUUCUCCCAUUGCACCUCCUCUUUCACCGCCACCACCGCUCCUCCGCCGCUCGGCUCCUCCGUGUAUCUCCGGCAGCGAGACCUACUCCACAAAUUCUACCAAGAGAACAACCGAGUCCCGCACCACACGACAGCGACGCCGUUUUACCCAUCAGACCACCGGAUGGGUCCCACCGCCGCCGUCGCGGGGGGGAAGAAGAAGAAGCUGUACAGGGGAGUGAGGCAGAGACAAUGGGGCAAAUGGGUCGCCGAGAUAAGGUUGCCACAGAACAGGAUUAGGGUUUGGUUGGGGACUUACGACACGGCGGAGGCCGCCGCCUACGCCUACGACCGUGCCGCCUACAAGCUUCGCGGUGAAUACGCGCGCCUCAAUUUCCCCAAUCUCAAGGACCCGAGCGAGUUACUCGGGCUGGCUGAUUCCAGCAAAUUGCUCGCUCUGAAAUCCGCCGUCGAUGCCAAAAUCCAGGCGAUCUGUCAGAGAGUGAGGAAGGAGAGGGCGAAAAAGAGAGCGAAAGCCGCCGCGGAAAAGGCAACGGUGGAAAACACGCCGGAGCGAUUGCCGUCUCCGUCAGCAGUCAUUGCCGGAGAAAAUUACUGGGUUACAUCGGAGGUUUCAGAUGAUGGACUGUUUUGGAACAGCGAGAGCGGUUCGCCGACUGUCUCUGACGAAGGCGCGACGCCGGGAACGGCCGCGGCGGAGGCGGAGGCUGAUGGGUAUUUGCUCGCAAGAAUGCCUUCGUUCGAUCCCGAGUUAAUCUGGGAAGUCCUCGCGAAUUAGAGAGAGCGAGGAGAGGAAAUUAUGGAUUUGGAUCGACGAGGUCAAUCCGAAGAUUGAGAACCUGGAGACCAGAAGACGAAAUUAGGGUUUUUUGCUCUUGAUGUGGGGUUUUAGCUUUUAAGUAUAAUGGGUGACUAAGUUAGGAUUUGUAUAAUUACGGUCGUCUUUGUGUUUUGUUACUGUCACAAUGAUGGGUUAAUUAGGGUUUACGCCUCGUAAUUUUUUCAAGAGGCAGAAAUUGGAGAAGUUCCUUUUGGGGUUGUCUGGUUUUUGAGGAACUCUGCUUUGUACUUUUUUAGUUUUUCCCCCUAUAUAUACAUAUAUAUA